UGUGUAUAAAAGCAACCCGGUUUCCUCAGCUUUAAAUCGGUAGAUGAUCAUCACAAGAAACAGGCCGAGAAAAACAACUCUUUACUUUCUAUACAGAUCAUCAUGAACGACCCCGAACUAUACGAACGUGCACACUAUUUCCAAGUGCGAGAUGCCCGCCUUAUCCUCCAAGUCUACGGUCAGGCUAUGCAGGAAACCAUGGACACUGACAUUGUAUUGGACAUCGGCUGUGGAACUGGUGACGUUACAAGAGAUAUCAUCCUCCCGCAUUGUAGACAAGCGCGAUAUUUGGUGGCUACUGACUCUUCCAAUUCCAUGAUUCAGUUCGCUAGGAAUAAGAGUUUUCACGAGAACAUAUGCUACGAAGUUUUCGACAUCAGUAAGAAUGUCUACAAUUUCAAGAGCAAGUGGGGAAGCUUUUCUAAAAUCUACUCGUUCUACUGUCUGCAUUGGGUUAAAAACUUGAAGACGGCUGUCGAAAACAUUAGCUCCUUACUCAUCACAGGUGGUGAAUGUCUCUUAGCUUUCGUAGCACAGUGUCCAGUAUUUGAAAUGCACGAGCACCUGGCACAGAUGGAUAAAUGGAAAUCAUUCAUGCAAGAUGUACACCAGUAUCUACCAGACACUCACAGAAACACUCAGCCGGCUUUUCUCUUCAGCUCAUACUUGAUGGACAGUGGCUUGGAGGUUGUAAUGUGUGACCUGGUCAGCAUGAGCUUUACAUUUCCAAAUACAGAAGUUAUCAAAGAAAGCUUGGAUGCCAUAUCUCCAUUUACCAAACACUUGCCAGAUGACAUGAAACAGGACUACACUGAGGAUUGUUUAAGGUUUCUUCAAACUCACGCUAGAACAGAGGUGGACAACAACGACAAUGAGGGGAUUCAGUUUUCAUACAAACUUAUUGUUGCUCACGCUAGAAAAGUGUAACAGAUGUUUGUGUAAGGCACUGGCCAUUCGAACAUAUAUUUUGAAAAAUGUCUGUGUGUGUGUGUUUAUUGUUGUUGUU